UUCUUGUUUUUGCUAUUCCUCCAUUACCCUGGACGACAAUACCACAAAUGAACUGAACAUGGGCAACAAUUUUUUCUCUUCCUCCUUUCUCUUUUUCUUCUUCUUCAUUUCCUCCAUUGAUUCCAGUUCAGCCUCUUCUUCUUGUCCGUUUGAUCUCAGCUAUGUUGAAACCACCCCAUGGGACUCCUCUGCGUGUCGCAAGCCUGAUGAGGGACAUUGCUGCUUCACUCUUCUCAGCCUUUUUGGCAUGGGAAUAGCCCAGCAUCUUAGAGAGACCUCCAUGUUUCAACUGCCUAAUUCAAAUGCUUCCUCUUCUUGCCUCUCUGAUUUUCAUGCCAAGCUUUCUGCUAUGUCCAUUGACCCAUCAUUAGUCCCUUUCUGCUUCAACAACUCUAAUCAAUUUGUUGUUAACGCUUCUAGUUGUGUUGGAAUUGUUACUACCCGAGAUUGGACGGAGAAAGUAGGUCCAAUAACCUCUUUGCAGACGUCUUGUAAAGGAGAUGUUUCGGGACUCGCCCAGUGCAGCUCAUGUCUUGAUGCUGGCCAAAAGGUGACUUCCCAGUUAAUGGGUCUAGACCCAAAUGCCAAUUCAAAAUGCUUUUACUUCACUUGUUUGUAUGCUGCUGCAAUUGUUAAUGAGUUUGGUCCUAUGGAUCCUAGAACAGCUGGUUGUAUGCUAGGCUUGCCAUUGACAGGCUCAUCAAUUAAAAAUCGAUCCAAAAAAUUCAGCAAAGAUAGAUCUCUCAAAUUGGUUUUCGCAUUCACAGGUGCUGUCAUUGGUGCUUUACUUGCUUUUGGACUAAUUCUUUGGUACAGGAGAUGGCAUAAGAAGAGGAAGCUUAAUGCUUCACAUGAGCAUUAUGCGAGCAGUUUCAGGGCCAGUGUGUUGCCUAACUCUGGUGCAAAAUGGUUUAACUUAUCAGAACUUGAACGAGCUACUAAUGGAUUUUCGCAGAGGAAUUUCAUUGGACAAGGCACAUAUGGGCUUGUGUACAAAGGCAAUCUAGCAGAUGGAACUACAGUUGCAGUGAAACAAAUGCAGGAUUUGGAUUCACGGGGAGAUGAAGAAUUCUCCAAUGAGGUUGAGAUUAUAAGCAAAAUUAGGCAUAGGAAUCUUCUUUCUCUUCGAGGGUGCUGCGUUACAAGCGAUAUCUUGAAAGGUAAAAGGAGAUAUCUUGUUUAUGAUUUUAUGUCUAAUGGUAGUCUCAGUGACCAUUUGUCCAGCAACCAAAGCAGGAAGCAAUUGACUUGGCCUCAGAGAAAAAACAUUAUCCUGGACGUGGCCAAAGGACUUGCUUACCUGCACUAUGGUCUCAAACCUGCAAUUUAUCACCGAGACAUCAAGACAACAAACAUACUAUUGGACCUGGAAAUGAAAGCAAAAGUUGCAGAUUUCGGGUUGGCUAAGCAAAGCUUGGAAGGUCAGUCACAUGUCAGCACAAGGGUGCAAGGUACACAUGGCUAUUUAGCACCUGAGUAUGCUCUAUAUGGUCACUUAACAGAGAAAAGUGAUGUAUAUAGCUUUGGAAUUGUGAUUCUUGAAAUUAUGAGCGGAAGAAAGGUGCUUGAUACAUCAAAUUCUUCAUUUCUUUUGAUUACGGAUUGGGCAUGGACACUAGCAAAAUCUGGAAAUAUAGAGCAAAUAUUUGAUGAGUCGAUAAGGGAGCAGGGACCAAAGGGGGUGAUGGAAAGAUUUGUUCUUGUUGGGAUUCUCUGUGCACAUGUAAUGGUGGCAUUUAGACCUACCACUGCAAAUGCUCUUAGAAUGUUAGAGGGUGAUAUUGACAUCCCAACAUUACCUGACCGACCAAUGCCGCUCAGCCAUGAAGCAUUUAGAUCCUCUUUCUAGUGUAAUGAUAGUUCAACAGCAAUUGAAAGAUCAAAAAUCAAUAGCAGUUCCAGUAUAAGCAUAGUGUAGAUCAUAGAACAGUCUCUGCAGGGAUAAGAUUAAUUAAAUGAAAGUUCUUGGAUUUGAUCAAUAUUUGUUUGUUCAGAAAGUUUGAAAUUUACAAUCUCCAGCCAACCUUGAAAUCAAAUUUUCAAAUCAGACAUUCAAAGAUGGCUAGUCCAUGUAUUUUUUUUCGUUGUACUCAUAAUUUUAAAUUAUUUUCAUACUAUAACAAUCAAAGAUAGAAGGCAA